AUGCUAAGCCUAAACCCUGCAGGUAACAUAAACGCAAGCCUUAACCAUAAUCCUUACCUGAACCUAACCUCAUAUCUGACCUUAACCUCAAUCUUCCAACAAUUUAAUCCAGCCCUCAUCUUAGUCCGAAACUUUGUUUUCACCGAAAUUUGGAGCAAAGUCACAUGCCUAUUGUUCGCCCAACACAUUCGUCGGAACAUCCUGCAGACCUUCGAUGGCGUCUCCAACGUCGACCUGAGUCGUCACCUUGGUGAGCUUUGGAGUACGCUGCCGCAGACAUUGAAGACCCAAUUUGACGAGGAAUCAGCUCGACUCAGCAGGCUCCACCAACUUGAAUUUCCAAACUACAAGUAUCAGCCGAACAAACGUGUCCAGACGGUCAUCUCGGCAACUGUUGUCCGAUCGCUCUCAGGCUCAGGAGGCCUCGAUAAGCCUACCAGGAUUAACCUUCCUCCACUAACCAUUAAGAAGGCCACUUCAACCCUGCCUGACUCCGCCUACGUAUCCUCCGGCGAACUCAGCCCAUCGCCUUAUUUAUCCGACCCUCCUCCGGUUGCUGCCUCACCUAAGAAGCAUCCGGUCAUUCGAUCUUGUUAUUCUACUGCCCCUAAACGACCUCCGACUUCUGAUUGUGGAGAUUGUGGAUUCGACGAAUUUUGUACCUCGCCCCAACCGCCACCACGUCAACGAUUCAUGUCUGCCGGAAACGGGGCGCCGAGUACGAUGUACCAGCGGCCCCCACUACGAUCCGCGUCCUGUUAUCCCCUGCCACGUUCUGAAUGUCUUUCAAAGGCCUGGCAGCCUUCACCUGCGUCCCGCCGUGAAACAAUGGUGCCCGUUUUGGUCGUUCGUGGCUCCAACGUCGAGGAGUUCUCCAUGACCAUUCCCCUAGAGGAGGAGAAGGAGGCAACCCGCAUAGAGACAUCUGCAAUGCCAGCAGUCAUGAGUAGUCAGGAAGAAUUUGUUCUACGACCACCAAAGACUGAGAUGUUGAAGGAUAAUAACGGCGAAGAAGAGGAGCAGGAGGAAGAAGGAAGAGAUUUAAAACCCGCGUUUUGGACAGACAGUGUAAAGCAGACCGAGUGGCCGUUUGUUGGAGAUGCACACUUGCUCCCCAUAGAGACGGCGAAGGAAGAGGUGGAGGAGGAGGACGAAGGACCCCUAAAUUUAGACUCGCUGCUUGACGAAUGUUACCAGAGAGAGGAGCUAACGACAGAUGUUGGCAGUAAUUCGUUUUUACAGCUGACUGCUAGUCCAUUAUCCGAACUUCUUACCGCAGAUCGCGAUAGUUUUGACUUCUGCCAGGCUCUUCUUUCGGACGGCGGCACACCGUCACCCGUGCUUGCAUAA